GUCAGAUUUUCUUCAGACUGAGAAGGAGUUGUAGCGCAUGAGGAUCUGAUACAGUAGAACAUAGUCAAUUACAACUUUAAAAGAUUUCUGCCUUAACUGAGUGCACGGGUAGUUACUGCAAGGAAGGACUGACAGCACUUUCUUAAACACCACUGGGUCUUCUUACAAGUUGACGAAGUGAAAAAACUAAGAAACUGCUUUCAAGCAUUGAAGAUACCAGGCCAGGAUGAACACGAAGGACACAAAAGUGACUGAAGGAGGUCUCAAUGUCACACUUACCAUACGUCUUCUCAUGCACGGCAAGGAGGUUGGGAGCAUUAUUGGAAAGAAAGGGGAGACAGUUAAGAAGAUGAGGGAGGAGAGUGGUGCUCGAAUCAAUAUUUCAGAAGGUUCCUGUCCAGAAAGAAUUGUGACAAUAACAGGCCCAACAGAUGCGAUUUUUAAGGCUUUUUCUAUGAUUGCAUUAAAAUUUGAAGAGGACAUAAAUGCUUCAAUGACAAACAGCACAGUGACAAGCAAACCACCUGUGACAUUGCGACUUGUAGUCCCUGCAAGUCAGUGUGGAUCCCUUAUAGGAAAAGGCGGCUCCAAAAUCAAAGAAAUCAGGGAGUCCACAGGGGCCCAGGUUCAAGUAGCAGGGGAUAUGUUGCCAAAUUCAACAGAACGUGCUGUAACUAUAUCAGGCACUCCGGAUGCCAUUAUUCAGUGUGUAAAACAAAUCUGUGUGGUCAUGCUGGAGUCCCCACCCAAAGGUGCCACCAUUCCCUACCGUCCCAAACCUGCCUCUGCACCUAUCAUUUUUGCAGGUGGCCAGGUAAGAGCAGACACGAUUUUGGCUUCAGCUGGAAACCACACCGUCUUGGCCCAACCUCAGCCAGCGCCUGCGUUUACAAUUCAGGGGCAGUAUGCCAUCCCUCAUCCAGACUUGACCAAGCUUCACCAGUUGGCUAUGCAGCAUCCCCCCUUUACUCCCCUUGGGCAGACCACCCCUGGUUUCCCUGGAUUGGAUGCCACUACUCCAACCAGUUCCCAUGAGCUUACUAUUCCAAAUGAUUUAAUAGGCUGCAUUAUUGGCAGACAAGGCAGUAAGAUAAAUGAAAUCAGGCAGAUGUCAGGAGCGCAGAUCAAGAUUGCUAAUGCCACAGAAGGCUCUGCAGAACGACAAGUUACAAUCACAGGCUCCCCGGCAAACAUCAGCUUAGCACAGUACCUCAUUAAUGCAAGCAUAUACUUUCUCAAAUCUGAAUGUCUGGGAGAGGCUAUGCAACCAAUGGUCCACGCAUAACUGAGAAGAUUCCUUCUUAUGCUGAAGAAUUGUUUGAAUGGUUAAUGUUAACAAAAUGUAUCCACUAUUGGUUUUUGUAUGAAAGUUUACUUUAUCUAUAGUACUGCUUUAACGAGUAACGAUAAAUUGUUCUGUACCAGUUUUCUUAGCAGUUAUUUAUGAUCAAUAAUUUUCAAUUCAAGAAUUUAAAAACAUUAAAAGGCAUCAAGUGAGAAUACCAAGUAUCUACCACGAUGUCCUGUACAGUGUACAUCGGCGAGGUAUAAAAUCUGACUCUGAUACAAGGUUUCAUGCAGUAAGUAGUAAGAAAUUAGGAUACAGAAAAACUGGGGCCAAUCAGGAUGUGUUCUGUGUAAAUUCCGCUAAAAUAUUCCCAACUUUAGGGGUGUUUUUUGUCAAGUUUAAAUUCACCACAAAACAAACACUCUUGUAGCUUUUACAAGGGUUAACAUGUUUAGAGAGAGAGGUGUAAUUUUCAGAUUUUAAAAUUAAAUGUUUCUAUAGGCAACUUUUCUGAAGCAGCAGCUAGGAAUAUGGUCCAUUGCCUGCAGAUGGGAAACUGUCAAGGUGUGCCUGCUAUCUCACUUAGAUCCAGCCUAGCGUAUUUAAUUAGAGAUGUUUGUCAUCAAACGCGCUUUCCACUUAACUUUUCCUUGAGUGUAAAAUGCAGGGACCUUUCGCUCAACUGUAAAGUGUGUUUAACUGCACAUUACAUUGUGACAAGCAGUCAACAAAUACAGUAUGUCACUCACUCUGCCAAGCUGCAUGAAUGGCUGUUUUUCCAAUUAUGUAUCGUAUUUAGAAGCAAUAAAGAUAGA